AAUCAGUUUAGAGAGAGAAAGCAAGGGAUUGGGUACACUUUGGUUUGGGUGGUCUCUCUCUCCUGGCUUUUUAGAUUUUCUCCUCCGUCCCGUUUCUCUUUCUCGACCGCCUCGAGGGUUCAGAGAAAGGAAAAAAGAGAAAAAAAGCAAAUUCAAAACCUAAACUUUCUCUCACUCGUAUAAAAUUUUUCCCGUAUUUUUUCAAAAUUUGAAUUGAAUCGAACGAUCCAAGCUAGGGUUUCCAAUUCUAGGUAUUGCCUUCCCGGCAAUAAUUGGAUUUCAAUAUGUUGAUCAUAAAUGCGAAUCGGUGAGAAUUGGAGCUCCGAUCUAGACACCAAGGUAAAAAACCAAGGGUUCGAGAUAUGGAUGUUGAUUCGUCAAUGGCGUCAGAGACCGAUCACGAUUCAACAGGCCCCAACAACAACGGCCCGACGUCUGAACAGGUCGAGCAGGCUCCGGCGGCCGUGACUUCUGGAUCUCCGGCGGAGCCACCGCCGCCUCAGCCACCUCCGCCGCCGGCUCAGGCGCAGCAGAGCCCCGUGGCCGGGCCGAGGACUGCUCCGACGUACUCUGUGGUGAACGCAAUCUUAGAGAAGAAGGAAGAUGGGCCGGGGCCGAGGUGCGGGCACACCUUAACGGCUGUGGCUGCAGUUGGGGAGGAAGGGACGACGGGUUACAUUGGACCGAGGCUGAUUCUUUUUGGAGGAGCCACUGCUCUUGAGGGCAAUUCUGCAGCUCCAGGGACUCCAUCUUCGGCUGGAAGUGCUGGAAUAAGGUUAGCGGGGGCCACUGCUGAUGUGCACUGCUAUGAUGUGUUGACAAAUAAAUGGUCUAGGAUUACACCCUUUGGAGAACCUCCCACUCCAAGGGCAGCACAUGUGGCAACUGCUGUGGGUACUAUGGUAGUUAUUCAGGGUGGAAUUGGUCCAGCUGGUUUGUCUGCUGAGGACCUCCAUGUUCUUGAUCUCACACAACAACGACCACGAUGGCAUAGGGUUGUGGUCCAAGGUCCUGGACCAGGGCCACGUUAUGGGCAUGUUAUGGCUUUGGUGGGGCAAAGAUAUCUGAUGGCAAUUGGUGGGAAUGAUGGAAAGCGUCCUUUGGCUGAUGUAUGGGCCCUGGACACAGCUGCCAAGCCAUAUGAAUGGCGGAAAUUGGAACCAGAAGGAGAAGGUCCACCUCCGUGCAUGUAUGCAACAGCAAGUGCACGUUCUGAUGGCCUUCUUCUGCUUUGUGGAGGGAGGGAUGCUAACAGUGUGCCACUGGCCAGUGCAUAUGGACUUGCAAAACAUAGAGAUGGUCGGUGGGAAUGGGCAAUUGCUCCUGGUGUCUCACCAUCUCCUAGAUAUCAACAUGCAGCGGUUUUGUUAAAUGCAAGGCUCCAUGUGUCUGGUGGUGCACUUGGUGGUGGACGCAUGGUGGAGGACUCAUCAAGUGUUGCGGUUCUGGAUACUGCGGCAGGAGUCUGGUGUGAUACAAAGUCUGUUGUUACCACUCCCAGGACAGGCAGAUACAGUGCUGAUGCUGCUGGUGGAGAUGCUGCAGUUGAACUGACGAGACGUUGUAGGCAUGCUGCCGCUGCUAUUGGUGACCUGAUAUUUGUCUAUGGUGGUCUACGUGGUGGGGUUUUACUUGAUGACCUACUAGUUGCUGAAGAUCUGGCUGCUGCUGAGACAACCAGUGCAGCUUCACAUGCUGCAGCUGCAGCUGCUGCAUCCAAUGUACAGGCGGGAAGGUUACCUGGAAGAUAUGUGUUUGUUGAUGAAAGAACCAGGCAAACGAUUCCUGAUGCAGUUUCUGAUGGUUCAGUUGUGCUGGGAAGUCCUGUAGCUCCUCCCAUAAAUGGUGAUAUGUAUACUGAUAUCAGCACUGAAAAUGCGAUGCUCCAGGGUAGCCGGAGACUGACUAAAGGUGUUGAGUACUUGGUCGAGGCCUCUGCAGCAGAAGCUGAGGCUAUUACUGCUGCAUUGGCUGCCGCCAAAGCACGACAAGUUAAUGGAGAAGUCGAACUGCCAGAAAGGGAUCGCGGGGCUGAGGCUACCCCUAGUGGGAAACAGAUAUCUAGCUUAAUUAAGCCUGAUUCUGCUGUGUCAAAUAAUUCAGCUCCAGCUGGAGUGCGGUUGCAUCACAGAGCUGCAUAUUCUUCUAUGCAUUUGCAGGUGGUUGUAGCUGCAGAGACUGGUGGAGCUUUAGGUGGCAUGGUCAGACAGCUUUCAAUUGAUCAAUUUGAAAAUGAAGGACGACGAGUCAGCUAUGGAACCCCAGAAAAUGCCACAGCCGCAAGGAAACUUUUAGACCGGCAAAUGUCUAUCAACAGUGUGCCCAAAAAGGUGAUAGCUCAUCUCCUGAAGCCUCGUGGAUGGAAGCCUCCUGUGCGCCGACAAUUUUUCUUAGAUUGCAAUGAAAUAGCUGAUCUUUGUGAUAGUGCUGAACGUAUAUUUUCAAGUGAACCGAGUGUUCUACAACUCAGGGCUCCUAUCAAGAUAUUUGGUGAUUUGCAUGGGCAAUUUGGGGAUCUUAUGCGACUAUUUGAUGAGUAUGGCUCACCUUCAACUGCUGGGGACAUAGCAUAUAUCGAUUAUCUCUUCUUAGGAGACUAUGUUGAUCGGGGCCAGCACAGCUUGGAAACAAUUACUCUUCUGCUAUCUUUGAAGGUGGAGUAUCCCCUCAACAUACAUUUAAUUCGUGGGAAUCAUGAAGCUGCUGAUAUCAAUGCCCUUUUUGGCUUUCGAAUUGAGUGUAUCGAGCGCAUGGGUGAGAGAGAUGGAAUCUGGACAUGGCAUCGGAUAAACAGAUUGUUUAAUUGGCUCCCACUGGCUGCUCUAAUUGAGAAAAAAAUUAUCUGUAUGCAUGGUGGAAUUGGAAGAUCAAUAAAUCAUGUGGACCAAAUUGAGAAUCUUCAGCGUCCUGUUACGAUGGAGGCAGGCUCAAUAGUUCUCAUGGACUUGUUGUGGUCUGACCCGACAGAAAAUGACAGCGUGGAAGGGUUACGACCAAACGCUAGAGGUCCUGGGCUGGUUACUUUUGGGCCUGAUCGUGUGAUGGAAUUCUGCAAUAACAAUGAUCUUCAAUUGAUUGUACGUGCACACGAAUGUGUUAUGGAUGGCUUUGAACGUUUCGCCCAGGGGCAUUUAAUUACUCUGUUCUCAGCCACGAAUUACUGUGGUACCGCAAAUAAUGCAGGGGCAAUCUUAGUUUUGGGUAGAGAUCUUGUAGUAGUUCCGAAACUCAUUCAUCCAUUGCCACCAGCAAUUUCUUCACCAGAAACGUCACCUGAACGCCAUAUAGAAGAUACAUGGAUGCAGGAGCUUAAUGCAAAUAGGCCACCGACACCAACUCGAGGCCGUCCUCAACUUGCUAACGACCGGGGUUCUCUUGCUUGGAUAUAGUCUUUAGAUCGUUCUGCAUUCUCUUUGUAACUCAUUUCAGGCUCAUGCUGUCACCUGGGAUUUCUGGUGUUCUGUAUAGAGCAUGAGGCCACAUGGAGGUUUUUUCCAAGGCUUUUGGAGAGUUUGGUGUCCAACACAUAACAUGAAGACACCUGUUAGUAAACCAAGUUGAUGGCGGCAGUUGCUAGCCAUUUGAGUUGCUCUCCAAAAGUUGCCCUUUGUCGAUUGAUAUCCACAGGCAGGUAGAAGUUGCCCUUUGUACAUUGGUUGUUUCUCUUGUUGGAUGAGUAGUGCUGGGUAAUUUUCUGAUUAGUUUUUAUUUAUUCCUCGUUUUUAGGAUGUAUUAUUUUUGGUUUUUGUUUUUCGUUGAGAGGACGCUGGAGGUCCCUCCCUAUACGGUGAUUUGGGGUGAGAUAUGUAAUGUUUAAAAUAUUUUCUUGGGGCAUUAUUCAUAUGUAUCAUAGAGGCAUUGCUUUGUGUAAUUGGUGCUUUUGUGCUUUGUACAAUGUAACUUAAUUUGUGUGAAUGUAUGAAACUUUCUGGUCUGA